CUAUUUUCGCCGCAAGGGGCCUCCGUAGUGACUGCGAUUUGCGAGUUGCAUAACCUUGGCAGCAGAUGGCGACUGUCAUUUCAGGGAUAUAGGAAGAAAACAAUCGUUCGGCUAUAAAUUUCAUUAUAUUUUGUCUCGUUUCCGUAAAUAAACAUACAAGAGCGGCUGCUAACAACAGAAAUACACUUAAAGGCGGCCGCCUUUAAAAACCAUGUCUACUGCCCAACAGUUUUGCUUGAGAUGGAAUAAUCAUCAGCCGAACUUUGUAACCGUGUUUAGUUCCUUGUUACACAGCCAGGCCCUCACAGACGUCACACUUGCUGCCGAUGGACAGCAAAUAGAAGCUCACAAACUUGUGCUUUCAGCUUGCAGUACUUAUUUCCAGGCGCUUUUUACUUCAUACAGUGGUCAUCAGCAUCCUAUUGUGAUACUGAAAGAUGUCACUUUCAGAGACCUUCGAACUAUGGUAGAUUUUAUGUACUCGGGAGAAGUGCACGUUACCCAAGAACAACUUCCUUCAAUUAUUAAGACGGCUGAGAUGCUGAAAGUGAAAGGACUCGCUGAGGGCCAGGAUAUGUCUCACGUGGACAAAUCACAGGACACGCAGCUCUCCACGGAAUCGUCGCGGCUGUCGUGCGAGGCGCUGGGUGCGUCCACGGAGUCCCACCAGACCUGGAGCUCUGAAAGGCGAAGUCCCUCGCCGUCGAUUUCCCCCUCGGCCGCCUCGAGACGCAAGAGGAUGCGAAAGUCGUCGACGGGCUCCACGUCCGGCUCAGGGGUGGCAGAGCGAGUGUCGGACCACCAGAGCGAAGUUGCAUAUCCCCACCACUCGCCUCGGCUGGAGCAGCAGGGCUCGGCGCAGAUGAACCUGUCGACGGACAUGUCCGAGCGGAGCAUACGGGAGCAGGCGAGCACCGACUCGGAAAUCCAGAACUGCUCGCAGGAUAGCGGGAACGAGCAGAUGCCUUUAUCCAUGGUAGUCCACCCUGGCGUGCAGCAGCAGCAACAGCAGCACCCGAGCAGGGCCGUCGAGGAGGUGCCCAGCCCCCUGAUGGAGCCCAGCGCGGCCCACCACUACUCCCCCCUCAGCGCGUCAGCUGGCUUCCAAUGGGACCCGAGCCACAGCAGCGUGUACUACCCCCGCUACCCGCACCCCUCGUGUUCGUUCAUCAACACCGGCCCCCCGACCAUAUCUCCGGACGCGCUGCGGCACAACGUGGUGCCCGCGUUCCAGCCGAAGCGGCAGUCGCCGUGCAGCAUCAACAUCCCGUCGGUGUCGCAGGCGAGCCCGGCGCCUUCGACGCCGUCGCCAUCGGCGCCGCCGGCUGCGACGCCGCCGACGUCGCCGAGUCCGACGGUGCGGCGCAAGCGGACGGACACGCAGCGCGACGAGAAUUUUCUGCAAGCCCUGGAGGCAGUGCGAACCGGCGGAAUCGGAUUCUGCAAGGCGGCUCGCAUGUAUGGCGUCAACAAUCGGACGCUGUGGCUCGAGUACCGCCGCCGGGGCUAUCCGAUCACGCGUCCGAGCCUGAAGCCGCGGGCCACCACGCCGCAGGAGUACCAGUACCCGACGGUCGUGAUGAAGAAGGAGCCGGGCGACUCGAGCUGCAGCAACGACGAUUCGACCUUGGGUGAGGGCACCUCCUCCAUGCCCCCCACCCCCGAGCAGCAGCAGCAGCAGCAACAACAGCCGCCCCCGCAACAGCAGCAACAGCCGCCGCCCCCGCAGCCCCAACAGCAGCAGCAGCAGCAGGCGGUGAGCCAGAACCAGGUCGCCUACCAGCAGGCCACGCCGGCCGAAGUCAUGUUUCUGCAGUCCAGCGACAUUUUCUGACAUCCACGCGACAAGAAAUAAUCCAAGGCGAAGGCCUCGACGUCUCACUCGCUGAACUUCUACCAGCACUAUCCUUUCUACUGAGAGCGGGGUGUUUCGAGGCCAAUCGGAUCACGCACGUUGGACUGAAGUGAUGUUUGAAGGAUUGCAAUUUUUGCGGUGUCGAAUCGCUGAACUUACAGCCCCACCCCACGUGGGGAAAACUGCAAUUUUUUAGUUGAAGAGCCAUGAUCGUGUACCAAGUGCUAUGGAGUUAUACAUAUAUAAAUUACUAAGAUUUUUCUCGCGAGCAUUUAACAAGGAAACCUGUAUGUGCACUAAAUUUAAUAGCAAUUUUCUUUCAUCUAACAUCUUUAUUUUUGUGAUAAUUCACUAAAAUAUAAUUUGGGACCAAUCGUGAUGAUAUUUUGGUAUGAAAAUUCCCCUUGAUGAGACGAAUCGAUUGAUCUUUACGAUAAAUUGCUUUGAUUGUAUUAAUACUUCAAUUUUAUGUCAUAAUUUUAAACUCGUACAAAAGCUGAUUAAAUUGGCUAUUUUUAAAUUUAAAACUUUUAAAGGCAUCAAUAAUAAAAAAUUAAGAAAGGACAGUCAUUUCUUUAAAGAUCGUUCGAUCCAAAAGUCUUGGUAAAGGAGUUUCUGCAUACAAAAAUUCAUAAUGAUUGGACCAAUUUUGUCAAUUUGAAAAAAAUAAUUAAAAUAAAAUCCCCAAAAGAUGCCAUGCUAAUUAUAGGCUCUGUAAAGUCUGUAACUUACGAAAAAUUAAUCUGCCAUUUUUUUAUUCUAGAUAUUAUGCAAAAUUUGCUUGUAAAAUUGGGGAUGUUGUACAUGGGGUUUUCUUGUAAUUUGAAUUCACUUUUAUUUGCUACCAAUCAUUGAAACCAAACUUCAUUCCUAAAUGUGAAAACCAGACUAGAGUGGUUCUUGUCAUUUAUUUUGCAAACAACGUUAAGUGUCAUAAAAUCUCAAUAAUUUUACUAGGAGUAAUGUUGCAGAACACGCGGAAUAGAUUGAUUAAAAAACGAUAAUAAUCAGAAUUUCUGCUGGCUCAGAGGUUCGUGUUAUUUUGAGAGCUGCGGAUUCUUUUUAUAGACGAAUUGCUUGCUGAUGGACCGAAUUGGUUCAACAACUGUAAAUAAUAUGCAUUACCAGCUUCAUUAUACAUACGUGUACACUUUCUAACAGACACACACUCGUACUUAAAUGUUUAGAUUUCGUUUUAGGAUGCCAUUAGAGAGGUAAAAGAAGUCUAUGAACUAUUACGAGACGUAAUACAAAUAAUUAUCAAUGUGAACUUACCAUAGUUGUUGAUAAAAAAGGUGAUGCACUUGAAGUCUACUUAAAUGGCUUAAAUUAACAAUUAGGUGGACCUCAUUAUUUAAAGUUAUACAUACAAAAAAUAUAUGUAUUCGAUGAAACCAGAACGGUAGCUAAAGAAUGUAUGUUUAGUGCCAUAAUAUGCAUGCUGAUUUUAUCAUUUUGUAACGUGUAAGCGACGAAGGAACAUUUAUUCCUUAAAUUGAUGUAUACUAGAAAAAACGUUUCAUGUAAUCACGAGAACUAGUAUUCUUAGAGAAAAAAAUAUCUUGCUAUAUGAUCUGCAAUAAAUUAUGUACGGUCAAUAAAUGUUGACUACGAGAAA